AAAAUGAAUGUUAUCUCAGGGACUUUCCUUUCAAAUCCUGUGUAAAUUAUUUUUGUCAUCAAAUUGAUUGGAAUAACUUGCUAACUCGGAAACUAGGAAGUAUAUUUUGCAAAAGGGAUAUUUUAACAGGCAUACCAAACAACAAACAAUAGAGCAAACAAUAGAACUGGACCAUGUAAUUAGUUUAGUAGAUCCUUGUAUCCUUGGAGAGAGAAUAAAUAUAGUCAAGGUAUCAAGGUUAUUACAUCAUGUCUAUUUCCUCAUCUCUCUCUCCCUCUCACGCACACACACAUGAAAACACAGAGGUUUCCAAAUCAGUGACUUAUUAAUUCAUAUGAAAUUAAUAAUAGAUUUGUUGAUAUAUGGAUGAAGCAUUUCUAUUGUGGCAUUGUUCACCUGUGAUUCCAUGGAGCUUAGUGGGCUAAAGCUGCAUUCUUAUUUGGUUUUCUACCAAAGAAAGUGUAUUUUACUAGACUUGGUCUCAAAAUUUUGUUACACAGUGAUAAUAGUCAUUUUGAUCCACAUCUUCUUAUUUGAACGAAUCAACAGAAACAAGGUCUUAAGAUGUAUCAAGGAAUUACUGUUUUGUACUACAUUGUUGGACUUGCCUAUCUGAUGUUCAAUGGCAUCAUGGCACUAUCAGAUCAAGAAGAACCAGAUACUUCACAAAACUGCAUUUAUAAUGGAAUUCCACAGUCUUUACCUACAAAUUGCGAAACACUGACCAUUCAAAAUGAGAACUUGGGAGUUUUGACUUCAACUACGUUUAUGAAUUUAAAUGUAAGUCAUAUACAGACACUCAUCAUUUCUGAUACAGGAAUAACUGAAAUUAGAAGAGAUGCCAUGUUAUACUUCCCUAUGCUAAAACAAUUGGAUGCAUCAGAAAACUCCAUAACAAGGAUAGACUCUGCUGUUUUUGAAUCUCUACCUGAACUAACUAACCUAUACCUUCAAGGCAAUAGAAUUGACAACAUUUCAAAAACAGCCUUUCAAGGACUGGAGAACUUGAAAAUUUUGCGCCUUGAUAACAAUCAACUAGCAACUGUUGAUUCAUCUUUUUCUGAUCUCAUCAAUCUACAAACAUUAAAUCUCACCUUUAAUUACAUCACAGAGAUUUCUUCAGACACCUUUGAUGGAAUAACCAAAUUGCAUGACCUCUUUCUCGCAUACAACCGACUGAGUGAGAUCCCAGAAGCUUUACGAGACAGUCGCAUACAGAAGUUGUACAAAUUGAAUCUCAGAAGCAACCAACUAAACAUCCCAUUAACAUCUUCUGAUCUCCAUCAUGACUACUUAGAAGAGCUGUACUUGACAAACAAUGAUAUACCUGAGCUCUCUGAUGAUGUCUUUAAGUAUCUUAGGAGGCUACAAGUACUGCACCUUGACUACAAUCGUCUGACCAACUUCAAUGCUUGGCUUGUACAUCAUCCACAAGGACUACAGGAGAUCAAACUGGACCACAAUCCUUGGAACUGUAACUGUACUAAUACCGAGGUAUGGGAGCAACUGGGUCAGCAGGCAAACCUACAUAUCAUGGAACAAAACUCCACUUUCUGUGCCAUGCCUUCUUCUAAGAGAGAUGAGGUAAUCUUCUAUUUUCAUAAAUUUUGUGAAAGUUCACCUCUUUUAUCAGAUGCUGCCCUCAAAGGUAUAAUUGCAGCUUCUGCUGUCAUCUUCACAGCUCUUAUUACAACAAUCUGUAUCUGUUGCUGUAAAAAUAAAUGUCAACACAAGAUGAAACAUCCAGAAUCAUCUGAAUCUCCAGAGAGGCAAGACAAUGAGCCAAAUCAUGAAUAUUGUGUUGAUAUUCCUAAUCCAGUCAGACCAAAGAUGAUGAUCCCUGUUGGUAAUGGAAGACCUGAAAGACAUUCUCCUCUCUAUGAUCAUCCUUAUCAUCAACCAGAUGUCACAAUUACAGAUAACUACUUGAUUCCAAUGGGUGUCAAGACUAAAUAAUUAUUUGAAAUGGACAGUGUUUUUAGUUUAUUUUUUUAUUCGUGUUAAAGGUUAGUAGAGUCAAAAUAAUUAAUGAGAAAAAUAAAGAAGAAAAAUUGUACACUUAGUAUUUCUAUUUUAGUUGAUAACUAGUAUUCAUUUACCAUUUGUCAGUAAUAUAUUUGAAAAACAGCAUUGUCUAUAAAACAUGCUUGAACCUUUUACAAUGUAGCUGCUUUUGUUUACAUAGAAAUAUGUAUUUGCAGAAAUUAAUGUGAUUGUCACAUUGUAUAAGCUUUUUCAUUUAACUUAACAAAAUUUGUAUUAGUAAGCCUACCAUAUCAUUAACCAUGGUAUUAUAAUGAACUAGGAGGGAUUAAGAACUUUUAAUAUACAAACUGGUCCAUACAUGACUAGUAACUUCACAUGAAAACUUUAGGUAAUCACUAAGGUUAUCACUAAGAUAACUUUCAAAUUCCAAAGAAAUGCAACUGUGAUAGUUCAUACUCCUCAGAAAUAUGAUGAAAAAAAAAUUAGAAAAUGAAGUUAGAAAUGAAGUGCAAUUUCUUUCAUACAAAACUUCUUGUAAAACAUCCAAAUGGUCUGGACUCAAGAUUUCUAUUUCAAGCAAGUUUUCUUUUCUUCCUUUUAAAUAUAUCCACAUCAUGUAAAUACUUUUUUGUCAGACAGUGUCAGCAGGUGCAUAAGACAAAGGGGCUCUUUUUUCAGAAAAUAUCCCCUCCCCUUUAUAAUGAAUUCUGGAUCUACCCAUGGAUGUCAGACAACAUCAUCAUUGAACAUGUCCAAAAUUCAAUAUGUCUAGCACUGUCUGACAAUCUACAUGCAUAGAUCAGCUGGAGAACUAAAAUCUAAAAAGAAGAGAAUCUAAAAAGUCCAUAGUGUAAUGUCAAUUGGCCGCAUUUCUUAAGUUGGGUAUGCAAAAAGGGUGGCAGAUGAAAAAUUUUCCACCCGGUGCCAAGGAUUAAUUGUUAAUUGAAGCUAAAACUAUAGGCUAAAUAUAUUACUAUAAAUUAGAUCACUACAAUAUCAGAAACAAAAAAUAUAGCACAUUAAGUUUGAAGUAACAAGGGUGGCGGAGCCGGUGGAUGCGGUGAAUGAUAGAACGUUAAUUAAACUUCAUUAACAGCUUUAUGGUAUGUAAUAUGACUGUGAGCCUCAUAUUUCUAGGCAGUUUAAAAGCAGGGAACAACUAAAUGUUAUAAAAUAAAAUACAUGUGUAUGUCAGCUCUGAUUUGCAACCUAUCAAUUAGUGAACUGUAGAAAUUUGGUUAAUUAUCUAAUUUGUAAUCUUAAUUUUAGUACAAAUGUUGUGUACCGUUGCCACAAACAUUUCUACCUAUGAUGUAGUCAUUUUGGGACAGGCAUUUUGGGGGUAAAAAUAUGAAAUUGAUAUUGUUAACUAAUUAGUGUAACUAAUAUGCAUACAGUAACAGAUAAUUAUUCAAUUUUUGUUACAUAUUGAAAUAUUGAUGUUACAAGAUUAAAACUGCAUAAUACUAGAGUGAUCCAAUGUUGCCUUAAAUUUUGACACCAUUUUAUGUGCAGCAGGUCAAAUUUGAGAAAAACACAUUUCAAAAUUCAAUUUACAUUGACAUCUGUGUAUUAGUCAUUUUAAGGAAAAAUAAAGGUUAUUUGAUACUUCAAACUUUUUACAGAAUAUUAAUACCUAUUAUAAUUUUUUGGACCAUUUUUACUCUGUUCAAGAAAUUGGACCACCUUAUGACAUGCGACCAUUUCUCAGUUGGUAUGCUCAUGGACCCUGGUAUGCUAGAUGGCAGCAUGUGUAAUGCAACCAUUUCUUAGUUGGUAUGCUCAUGGACGCUGGUAUGCUAGAUGGCAGUAUGUUUAAUGGGUUUUAGUGCUGAAAUGAAGAG